GCUCGCCUCCCUGUGCCCCCCAGACUUGCUAUGUCAGGACAAUACUCAGAACAGGCUCUUGCCCAAGCCUACUCGCAGUACCUCGUCCAGCAAGAUUGCUUUCUAGCCGUCUCAUGCCUCGUCUUUUACGAGUUCGUGAUCACCAUUGGUGACGAGAUCAACAUCGUCUGGAAGAGACCCGUCACUGUAUCUGCCGUGCUGCUUGGCUCGUUACGAUGGUGCAUGGUCCUCACGAUUAUCCUGCAACUUAUUCCAGAGACUCCGAAUGCUUGCGCACCGCUCAACAUUCUGGGCUAUGUUUUCCUUCUCAUUGGGUUUUUACAAACCGCAGUCUUCUCCGCUCUGCGCGUGUUUGCGAUUUGGAAUAGGAGCUACCUCUGGUCGCUCAUAGUGUUCGCAUUGAGCAUGGUAUCUUUCGUGAUGAACCUGAUAGACGCGGCGGUAACAAAGUACGUUAUCCUCGAGGAACCAAUUUGGGGCGCGGUAUGCGCCUCAGAGUAUCCAUUCUCUGUACGGACUACAAACAUACUUAUUUACAGCACCCGUGGCUCAGUCAUCCUUGCUGACACGAUCGUGCUCGUCCUGACUUGGAUAAAGACAUUCAGGCAUUGGAGGAAUGCCCGCCGUGUCAACCUUGGAGUGUCGCUGACGACGUGUUUGCUGCGUGACGGUCAAGCCCUGCUAGCAAUUAAUAUAGCCGAGCUGGUAACCUUCGACCCCGCUACGGACACGUCUCCCGUUGGCGCAUUCAUUACGUCGCUGCCCCUCGUACUCAUCAACCGUUUCAUGAUCAACCUACGGACGGUCGACUCGGAAAUGUCGGACGACUCUACGUACACUACUGAUCGGCAGCAAGAAUCUUCGACAGUGCAGUUCAGAAGGUCGACGAACCGGUUGGGCAACAUUGGAGGGGCGCUUCUGAGCGGGUUGGAUGAUGAUGAGUCUUCGGACCAAGAGGACAUGUUCAACGCAGCAGACGAGGUGGAGGGUUAUGAUACUGGUUUAGAGAUGUGAACCAAUGCAAGAGAUCAUACUAGAGUAUCCUUUUUCACCAAGUGAACAAUUACAUAUGCUAUCUGCGCGAUCGGG